AUGAUUGGUUUGUCCGAUCGAGGAGGGAUGAUGUGGGGACUUGGUCUUUUCUGGAGGUAUGAAGGUUGGAGCUCAGAGGAGGGUGAUGAUAUACUUACUACUAUGAGGCUUCAUUGGAGAACCCUGGGCCAGUUGGCACCCUUUGGCCAGUCACGGUCACAGUCAACAGCCAGUCGUUGGGGGAAAAGUGGCCUGAGUUGCGUAAAUCAACCAAUUGAAGGAAAUCUGACACAAGUCUCCCAAAUCUCUGUAUUUUCUACAUCCCAGGCCAUUUCCAGUCUUCUGUUCACUUCUUCCAAGAACUCGCAGCCUUUGUCUUUGUCUUGCCCCAACACUAAGGCAGGUGGAGGCAAGGCUUUAAAUUGUACUGGCGAUGGGAUUGGUGUUAAUUGCGCAGAUAGCAUCUCAUAUCGUAUUUGGGGAGGUUGUGCUAGUGGUGAGGGAGUAAGUCAAUGGUGCACUGCCCUCGAGGUUCUGGCUGCUUGCCAGGUGUCAACAUGUAUGAAGGUUGUGAUGGUUCAGGACGGUGCUUCCAAAAAGGGCAUGAGACACACCUGUGGGCAUAACCAAGACUAUACUGUGGAUAGUACUGCUGCACAUUUUGAGUUUUCGGCCUCGAGCCUGGUGGCGCAUUCAAGUAGCUGUCAUGGUAAGCUGACUCAGAAGUGUGGAGCAGUCGAGAUCCUAGAAGGUCUGAUGGUAACACCUGCCAAAAUUGAUGGAUUAGCCAUGAUCAUAAUGUUCCAGGGUUCGAGUCAAGGCCUGCACCAUGAUGAUUGA